AUGCGGUUCGUCGUGUCGCAAACCCAAGCCGCUGCAGCAAGCACACACCCGCAUGAAGGCUUAGAUUGGCAGCGCCACCUUGGAAUCCAGGGCGUCCUGGAGCUUGCCUACACGGGCAUAGUCGGGCUCCUGUUGCCCAGCCUGCCUACACCGAUUCCCAUACACGAGAACCCCUCCAGAUCCAAGGUAAUGGCCCAGGAAUUUGAGUACCAAAGCCUGCCCGAGGUGUUCCCAGCGAGCUGGACCUUACCGGUCCAAGGCGAGGACGCUGCUACGACGGAACACCAGGACCGCUAUCCUGGGGAGUGGACACUGUCCAGCACCAUUGGAUCAGAAUCAGGAGCAAAACAAGCGCCGGAUCACGCAAACACAUAUCGGCCAAACAAUCCGGGCGAUUUCACAGCGCCCCUAACCGUCGAGCAGCCCGAUAUGCCGCAGCCUUCCUUCGAGCCAACUUGGAUCUUGCCGUCACACGCCUCGCCGAGAGCACGCAGGCAAGCGUAUUCGACUGUCGCACCAGACCCAGGCGGCAGGGCAGUGGGCUCUCUACCAACAGAGCGUCCCACGUUCGGUACAAGUCACCAUGCUGGUAUUGCACCGUCGCAAAUACGUGGAACUCCCGCUAUCGCAACCCGAUACGUCCACCACCAACGUGCCACCAUGCCCCCUCAGCCAACACGCUUCCCUUCAGAUCCAACCACUCCGAACUCCCCUGCCAUAAGUGCCUCUGUACAUGGAUACGGAACUGGCGCCGCUGGCACUGCCCAGAGCAUCCUUGGCAAAAGACCUCCUCGGCCCGCAGGCUACUUAGCGGAAACAUUUUCUCCCCAAGCCAGCGAGGCAGGGGACACGACGGCCGUGCUCGCAAACCAGCAGCGAGAGGAGCCUCCUCUAGGAGACGGUACUUACGGUGUCGUCCAAGCUCCCAUUAACGGAAUGCACCCGAGAUCUGGCAGCCCACCGAGGAGAAAUUUGCAGCCCAACGAGAGCUCUGUAAACACGGCUGCUGUUGUGGAAAACCAGUCGCUAUCCGAUAGUGCCGGCGAUCUGCAUAAACCUCCCAGCCCGCCGCCGUGUGCGACGGCACGACGGAGCAAGAAAGGGAUUAAUUGGCGUCGUUUUACCUGGAAUGGUCUUAGGAGCUACAAGAUCAAAUGA